AUGUAUAUUAACAAUGUUUUCAGGACAUGGGAGGGAAGUAGUGGGGAGCAGUGGUCAUCAGCUCAGGGCCUAGAGUCCAUCUUGAUCUCCAUUCAGAGCUUGAUGUCUGCAAACCCAUAUGAAAACGAACCCGGAUUCGAAAACUCCAAAUCUCCCACUGAUCUCAAAGCAAUGGAUAAUUAUAUUGCCAAGAUCCGACAUGAGAAUAUCAGAAUAUCGGUGAUUCAGCGCCUGGAGGAUUGGCUUGGCAUCCUGCCUGAUGGUACAAUUAUGCCGCCCACUGAUGAAAUUACAGAGGACGAGGAAAUGUUUGAGGAUGAAUAUUCCCAGCCCCCGUUUGAGCCGUUUAAAGAUCUAUGCAAACGUCGCUUUCUCUGGUACUAUGAGACUUAUAAGAACACAAUGGCUGAGGCUGAGACAAAGUGCCCUGUUGGCUCACGCUUCCAGAGAAUGCAGUUCGAAUUCACCGGCAAUACAAUGGACGGACAUUUCAACUAUACCGAGCUGACCAAAAGACUAGAUGCAAUCAAGAACGCCAUCAUGAAAGAAACAGAUUCUUGGGCAGAGAUGGGUCGGAAAGCUAUAAAGAACGAAACAAGAAUUGCCGUCAACCUGCAACGGCAGUAUGAACAAAUUGUCGAGGACCUAAAAAAUAAACGACAUUUCACUAUCGAUAUAUCCCUUGAUGAGGGAAAUCCUCUUGUCUGGAUGUUGACUUACUUUGGGCGGCCCAUGACCCAUCUUGAUGGUGGUAUCUUUAGAAUUAAGAUCGCCCUCAGUCCUAAUUUCCCAGAUGAGCAGCCUCGGGUGAUUGUUCAAACCCCUCUAUUCCACCAUCGUAUCUCAAAAGAUGGCAUUCUCUGCUAUUUCCCGAAGAAACUGGAGGAUAUGAAGGCACACGUUGAAGCCAUUGUUGAGGCAUUAGAGGAUGAGUCUCCACCUUAUGACCCGCGAGCAACUGUCAACCCUGAAUGCUCCAAGCUCUUCUGGGGCUCCGCAGAAGACAAGAAAAAAUACAAUCGCAUGCUAAGACGCUCGGUCCAGCGCAGCAUAGAGUGA